CGUUGCGUAAGAACGCGUUUGUAACGAGAGUCGCGGCACAGCAAUGCCCUCUAUCUACAAGAAACAAAAAUGGCGGUUGCCCGGUACGUCAGUCCCGAAAUCUAUAAAAAUUGGGAAAAAGGAAACAAAAACGAUUUUUUAAAACUCUGUCGCAGUUUUCUUCAAGGAACACAACAAAAUAGUCCAAUUUUUCGAAGCCAGGCUAAAGAUUUAAAACACAUUUUGUAUGAAGUUUGCUCAAAUGUUGUGCAGGGAUCUCUUAGACUUGAGCCAACAUUAUUGGUGUUGGCUGAAGUUGUUCAACUUCAUAGUGACUUAUCUUCAAUUAUAUCAGACAUUCUGUUACUUUUAGAUACAGAAACGCAAUGUUUAGAUAAUAGGGAAUGUCGUGAAAGAUUUUUUUGGCUCUUAAAUGGUUGUAAUAAGAAAAUUGUACCUGAAUACAUAAUUAAAGAAAGGUUAGAAUUUGAAACUACUGGUGAUGCUGGUAUAUUGAAGCAACGAAAUACAACUCAAACUAAAUUUAUCAAGAUAAAAACAAGGCUUUUUUACAAACAACAAAAAUUUAAUUUGUUUCGAGAAGAAAGUGAAGGAUAUGCCAAAUUGAUCACUGAACUUAAUCAAGAAAUUGGUGGAAGUAUCAACAGUUCUUACAUGUUAGAAGUGACUAGAUCUUUGAUUGGUUGCUUUAAUCUGGAUCCAAAUAGAGUGUUGGACAUAAUUUUAGAAUCUUUUGAAUGCCGUUUAGAUCUGGCACAUUUUUACAUUCCUCUCUUGCAAUCAUUUUUAUGUAAUUCAGCUACACUCAGUCAAGUUUUGGGAUUUAAAUUAAGCUUUUAUCAGCUUGUUCCAGAAGACAACAAAAUUCUUGAAAAACACAAACAGGAACUUCAAAAUGCUAGAACUUAUGCACGCCGUGCCAGUGCACUAAUUGUAUCAUCAGAAAAGGCAAAUGAAAAUCAAGAAGAUUCCAAAGAUGAAGACAAUCAGUGGCAAGAAGACAAUCAGAAGUUGGGUUUAUGUGAAGCAUUAUUGGAAGUAGGAGAUUGGGAACAUGCUCACCAAUUAAUCUCUUGUUUACCAGAAUUUUAUGCUGUUUCUCAUGCUGAAAUUGCUAAAAGUUUAUGCUCACUUAUUCAUGUAAUUAUAGAACCUUUGUACAGAAAACAUUGUGGACUGCCAUCUGGAUUGAAAUCCACUCCUUUACCUACAAUUUAUGGUAUUACUCCCGUGAAACAAGUGAAAAGCUUUUCAAAUUUGAAAAAAACCGUUUUUCCAAUGGUAUUAUGCCUUGGACCGCAAUUACAUUUAAGUCCAAUUCUUAUGGUGAAGAUAAUACGUCUAGCUAAAUACUGGAUGAAUGAGGUAUUUUUUUUAAUUCAUUAAACUUAUUCAUUUAUU